ACAGUUCGAGUUUCCUCCUAAUACUGUCCUAGUGAGUGCUGUGUAUGCAGUAUCACUCUCAAAGCCUCUCCUCAAACGACUCAAGUUAGAGAUACAGCACUGCGUUGAUUUAACAGGACGACCAGAUCUUGCACAAUACUUAAAGUUUGCUAUAGCUCCAGUCGACACACCCAGUCUUCCUUACCAGUUCUCAAUAGUCAAAGGAGGAGAGUUUAGCUCUAAUAGUGGGUAUGGAUUCAUUCAACGCAAUAAGUUUUCUUUGGUUUGUAUACUGGGAGAAGACUCAACUAAUGGAGACACAGAGGAAGGAGAAGAGAAAGAGAACAGACAGCUAACUCAACAAGAUGAGAAUGGUGAGGAAGAGGAACAAGAUGAGGAGAGAGAAGGAGAAGAUAGUGAUGGUACUAGUGACCAUACCAGCAGUACUCCAUCAGAGGCUAGUGGAGCAUGUAAAGAGUCUACUACUGAAGAGACUAACCUCCCAAUCAAUACAGUGUCUGUUGCUGGUCCUACUAUUACACCAAACACUGAUCAUGUUAACAAAGUACAGUCCACUGGUGUAAAGGAGGCUAUGAGGUAUGCUGGUUUGAUCUAUUAUCAAGAGAAAGGUGUAGAGGAUCUAGUGACGUUUGCUGCAGCCAGGGACUUGAAUGCUCUCAUUGAGUUUAUUAAAAAGGAUUUUCCUGGAGCUGAGAGAGGACAACAUGUUUAUUUUCAUUUCAAAGAUAAUGAUGGAUGUAUGGAGCUAAAGUUUGAUACUCCACAAGAGAAGGAUACUACUGGUUGGACUAUUGACCCUCACAUUAAACCAUGCCGAUUACAUCGUUGUGAUGUUAACGGGUUUGGUGAAACUAAUUAUCCUCUUCCUCCAUCUUGCUUUAUAUCCGUUCUUGCUUCACCUAAUGCUGUCCCUACACUACAUUACUCUGUACCACUGGAAGGUGUGGCUGAUCCUGUUUCAUUAUAUAUCCGUAGAUCACUACAAAGAAAUGCUCCUCCUUCAACAGAUCCUACUAGAUCUACCUCCUCCUCUAAUGUAGUACAAGAAUUAACGCCAGUAUCAUCCACUGGAGGAGCUAGUGUAUCAGCUACUGUUGAUGUUGAUAAAGUUAAGAAGGUGAUCAAUGAUGUUCUAGUAUCUCAUUAUGCUGAUCUUACUUCACUAUCAAAGGAAGCUGUCCCUGAUCUUGCAGAUAGAUUAUAUGCACAUCAUUUGAUCAACAAUGCUGUUAAAGACAAUCCUUCUAUAAACAAGUGCAUUGAUGAGUUCAGGGCUAGUCUUAUUUUUAAGAAAAAGUUACCUCAAAUGCAGGAGCACUGUCAAAAGUUUUUAAGCUCAUUCAUUGCUGUAAAAGGCAGUUAUGCUGAUGCAGCAAUAGCUUUAGGUGAGGACUGGAUUGAAGCUAUUAGAAAUGAACUGGGAUUUCACUUUAAUAUUAGUAUUGAGCCAUAGAUAUAGUCUGUGGCAUUUUCCAUUGACUUCAGUUUUAAAAGCUAUUUAAUUUUUAUCACUGUAUUAUAUGUAUUGUAUAAUGUUUAAAUUUAGCUAUGUAAUGUUCCACUCUUCUGGUCUAUAUUGUUCUUUCCUUUCACUCCAACUCUUUCAUUUUUCAUUGAAACUGUCUUCUUCUCUGAAUUUA